AAUCGCGGGGCCGCGCGCCGGCCCGCGGGAAGUGCCGCGCACGCACGGGCCAAUGGGCUCGCGCCCCGCCCCCCCGCUGGGCGGUGCCGGCCAAUGGGAGCGCGGGGCGGCGGCGUUUGAAAAGCGCCCCAGGAAAAGGGGCGGGGGAGGAACCAACGGCCGCUGGGGGGGCGGGGGGGGGCCGAGGGGGCGCGGAGGGCCCGUCAUGGCGCACAAACAGAUCUACUACUCCGACAAGUACGACGACGAGGAGUUCGAGUACCGGUACGGGAAGGGCCUCCCGGGGGAGCGGGGGGGGCCGGUAACGGGUGGUUGGCACGUGAUGCUGCCCAAGGACAUCGCCAAGCUGGUGCCCAAGACCCACCUGCUGUCGGAGUCGGAGUGGCGGAACCUGGGGGUGCAGCAGAGCCAGGGCUGGGUGCACUACAUGAUCCAUGAGCCAGAGCCCCACAUCCUGCUCUUCCGACGACCGCUGCCCAAGAAGCCGGAAAAGUGAGUGGGCCCCGCUCUGCCGGGGCUCCCAGCCCGUUCGAGCUGGGAAAGCACCUUCUUCCUCCUCCUUCUCGGCGUUCCUGGGGGGCUUCACCCCCUGGCCCUGGGCGCCGCCGUGGCGACUCAGCGCCGGUGCCGGGGGUUUUUCCUGUUGCGAGGCCUCCGAAGCUUCAAUAAAGUGAUGUUUUUGGGA